AUGGUUUCAAGUGUUUCGUUGAACACAUUUGAAAUAUAUUCGGACGCAUUGGGAUAAAAAUUGUUUGUGCAGAAAGGAGCAGGAGAAGAGCCGCCGAUUUGAAAUUGAGUUAGUGAAAGGCAGACGGCAGAGUGAGGGUUGUACGGACGGAGCUCGGGAGAAUGAAAGAGGCCGAGGAGACGCAGUUCGUGACUCCCGGAGAAGUGCUCGGAAAGCCUUCGGACUUGAAAUCUGGGAAAGGAGCUUAUGUUGCCAAUAACACUGUUUAUGCUUCUCUUUCUGGUUUCCGCCGCAUUCUUCCUCCUCCACCCAACUCUUCCGACUCGAGACCAACUGUGGAAGUGACCGGUCAUAAGGCCCAUGGUGCUGUUCCAGCUCCUGGAUCUGUCGUCAUUGCUCGAGUUACAAAUGUAAUGUCCAGAAUGGCAUCAGCUGAUAUUAUGUGUGUUGGUCCAAAGUCUGUGAAGGAAAAGUUCACCGGAAUUAUCAGGCAACAAGACGUCCGAGCAACUGAGAUAGAUAAAGUAGAUAUGCAUUUGUCGUUUCGUCCGGGUGACAUCGUCAAAGCUCUUGUUCUUUCUCUUGGAGAUGCAAGGGCUUAUCAUCUAUCAACUGCAAAAAACGAACUUGGUGUCGUCUCUGCAGAAAGUACAGCAGGUGCAGUAAUGGUUCCCAUAAGUUGGACAGAAAUGCAGUGUCCACUAACAGGCCAAAUUCAGCAAAGAAAAGUUGCCAAAGUUGGAGGAGGAUGACUUGCUUAUCUUAUGUGGGACAACGCCAUUCCUUGUUCUUUUCUUUUCUUUCUUUUUUUUUUUUUCCUGCCCUUUCAUUUUGUUUUCUCUUUUAGUUUUUAAUAAUAAUUUGUUACUCAUAGUGUCGAGUACUGAAGAUAAAAAUCGCACAUUGGAUUAUGAUAGAGUUGCUUGUUUUAGGAUUGGGUCCUUAAUUCUCAGAUGGGACUGUUGAUUUAGAAUAGGAGGAAGAUAGAGUAUUCUUACUGUAACAUUUUUCUUGUAUGAAUGAGAUGAAAUGGUCAGUUUGCUAUC